UGAGAGAGAUUGAUUUAGAUUAAGUAAGAAAGGGAUUGAGAAUCACGCUCGUGAACUUCCAAUGCUUUUUUUUUUGUCAAUGUGAACUUUCCAUGCUACUUGUAUGAUAAUGAACUUCACAGGUUCCUGGCAAAUAUUUUAUGGUCAACGCCCACCACUGGUACUGCAUACAUGAACACUAGCAACUAGCUAGACAAUGCCGUAGUCAACAAGUCAAUAGACGUGGAACGCGUUGCUCAGAGAGUGAGAGUGUACGUUUGGAUUGUGUGGUUGAAAUUAAUUAAGAGACUAGAGUAGAAGUUGUAGAACACUACUUGAAACUUCACAGCUGGCUCUAACCAAUUUUCUUCCUUGUUUCUCAUCUUGAUCGUCAUCUUCACACAACCAACCAACGCCUAUUUCUCAAUCACUCAGAAUUGAAGCAAAUUAACGCUGCUUCUUCAACUUCAUCUAGCUUCUUUUCAUCUUACUCAGAAAAAAUUGUCAUGGAGGAUAACCACCAAAUCAUCAAUUUUGCUCCUUCUUCUUCUUCCUCAUCUUCUGUGAUGUCUCUGAAAAAAUAUGAUGUUUUUCUUAGCUUUCGCGGUAAAGAUACUCGGGACAACUUCACCAGCCAUCUUUAUGAUGCUCUCCAAAAGGAAGUGGAGACCUACAUAGAUUACAGGCUUGAGAAGGGAGAUGAGAUCUCACAAGCACUCAUCAAAGCCAUACAAGACUCACUUGUAUCUGUUGUCAUCUUCUCUGAAAACUAUGCUUCCUCCAAGUGGUGUUUGGAUGAGAUCAGCAUGAUUCUUGAAUGCAAGAGGGAUCAUGGACAAAUUGUAAUACCUGUGUUCUAUAAAGUAGAUCCUUCAGAUGUGAGGAAGCAGACAGGGAGCUACAAGGAAGCUUUUGCAAAGCACGAGCAACGUCUCAAAAACAGUGAUGAUGACAAGUUGCAGAAAUGGAGAUGUGCCCUCAAUGAAGCAGCCAAUUUGGCAGGGUGGGACUCUCGGACUUAUAGGAAUGAAUCUGAAUUCAUCAAGGACAUUCUUAAAGAUGUUAUCAAAAAGCUGGAAAUUAGAUCCCCAAUUGAAUUGAAGGGAGUUGUUGGAAUAGAGGAAAAUUAUGCAAAGGUUGAGUCAUUAUUGGAAAUUGGCUCAACAGAAGUUCGAGUGAUUGGAAUAUGGGGCAUGGGUGGCGUAGGUAAGACCACCCUGGCUUGUGCUUUGCAUGCCAAGUUGUUUUCUCAAUUUGAAGGUCAUUGUUUUCUCAAAAAUGUGAGGGAACAAUCAGAAAAGAAUGGUUUAGAUGCCUUGCGCAAUAGACUUUUUUCUGACUUGUUAGGAGAAGAAAAUCUUUGUGUUGAGCCCCAUUUUGUGACGAGGAAGCUCAGACGUAAAAAAGUUUUUAUUGUUUUGGAUGAUGUGGCUACCUCAGAACAGUUAGAUGAUCUCAUCAGUGAUUAUGAUUGUUUGGCACAGGGAAGUAGAGUGAUUGUAACAACUAGAGACAAACACAUAUUCAGCCUUGUGAAUGAUAUAUAUGAGGUUAAGGAACUGAGUUACCAUGCCUCUCUUCAACUUUUCUGCUUGACUGCCUUCAGAGAAAAGCGUCCCAAAAAUGGAUUUGAAGAACUAUCAAAAAGUGUGAUCGCAUAUUGCAAAGGCAACCCUUUGGCUUUAAAAGUCUUAGGUCCACGACUUCGAUCAAGAAAUAUUGAAGUAUGGAAAAGUGAAUUAAGAAAGCUCCAAAAGAUUCAAGAUGUGAAAAUUCAUAAUGUGUUAAAAAUGAGUUUUUAUGGCUUGGAUUCUGACGAGAAGGACAUAUUUCUAGACAUUGCAUGUUUCUUAAAAGGAGAACCUAGAGAACAUAUAACAAGUCUACUAGAUGCUUGUGGUUUCUUUGCUGCUGUUGGGAUAGAAGAACUGAUAGAUAAGUCUCUUAUAACUAUUUCAUAUUUUAAUAGAAUAGAAAUGCAUGACUUGAUACAAGAAAUGGGCCGAAAUGUUGUUUGCCAAGAAUCUCAUAAAGACCCUGGAAGAAGAAGUCGAUUGUGGGAUCCUGAGGAAGUGUAUGAUGUAUUGAAAAAUAACAAGGGAACUGAAGUAGUCGAAUGCAUAAUUUUAGAUGUGUCUAAAGUUAAGGAUCUACAUUUGAGCUUUAAUUCUUUUACAAAAAUGACUGAAAUGAGAUUUCUUAAAUUCUAUUCUUCUAUACCGAGUGAAGGAUGUAAGAUAUACCUCCCCAACGGUCUUGAGUCAUUGUCUAAAAAAUUGAGGCGCCUUGAAUGGCCUGGGUACUGUUUGGAGUCUUUACCAUCAACCUUUUGUGCUGAAAUGCUUGUUAAGCUUGUCAUGCCAGACAGCAACAUUCAAAAGCUUUGGGAUGGAGUUCAGAAUGUUGUGAAUUUAAAGACAAUUGAUCUUCAAUGCUCUAGACACCUGGUUGAGCUCCCAGACUUAUCUAUGGCCACAAAUCUUGAAGUAUUAUCUCUUGAUCAGUGUAUAAGUUUGCGUGAUGUUCAUCCAUCCAUUUUUUCACUCCACAAGCUUUGGCAUCUGGGUUUACAAUACUGCACAGAGAUUGAAAGCCUUGAAAGUAAUGUCCAUUUAAAAUCUAUCCGCAGUUUCAAUCUCACGAACUGCUCAUCCCUGAAGAAAUUCUCAAUCUUCUCAGAGAAAUUGGAGACAGUGUGGUUAGAACGCACAAGUAUCCAGAAAUUACCCUCAUCAAUUUGGCAUUGUAAGGAACUUCAUCAUAUGACUCUAAGGGACUGCUACAAUCUUGAGAGUUUUGGGAUUGGGAACAAGUCAUCUCAUGAUCCGGUAAACGCAUCUCUUCGCCAUCUAGACCUUUCUGGAUGCAAAUUACUAAAUGAAUUCCAUUUAUGUUUAAUCCUUGAUGGUAUGCAGUCUUUAAAUGAGUUGAAUUUGGGAAAUUGUUGCAACUUACGAGCACUCCCUGACACCAUUGGCUCGUCAACAAGAUUAGAGCGCUUGUACCUAAGUGGAAGCAAUGUUGAGAUGUUGUCUCCAAAUAUCAAGAUCCUUUUGAAUCUACGAGAGCUUCGGUUAGACGAUUGUAGGAAACUUGUGUCUCUUCCAGAGCUUCCACCUUCCCUACACAUGUUAAGUGCUAUUAACUGCACAUCUUUGCACACAGACAUCACUCAUUUGGUAACAGUGGUACAACACAACAUACCUGUCAGAUUUUAUGAAGGACCUUCAGGACGUCCUCAAUAUGUUGUAAUCCCUGGAGACCAAGUUCCGGACAUGUUUAUCUUUUGUGCUGAAGGGGAUUCAAUAACGUUUCCGCAACUUCCACAAUCUGGCCUGUGCGGCUUUAUUUGUUGCCUCGUUCUUUCUCAUCUACCUUCAGGGAGCUACCAUGGAGAUGUCAAGUGUUGUAUCAACAAACGUUCCACCUUUGAUAUAGCUAGAAUGUUGUUGUGGGGUACUAAUUCCAAUUCAGAUCAUGUGCUUCUUUGCUUUUUGGGAAUCAAUGGUGAAGAUGAUUGUUUUGAAAGUGGAACGUGUGAUCUUAACAGCAUAUCAUUUGAAUUCCAGCUUCUAGAUAAGAGUGAUGGAUUACUCUCCGUGAAAGACAUAAUAAAGAGGUGCGCGGUCUUAACAGCAUGUCAUUAUGCCUCUCGAGAAAAGACUAUUGAGUUUCAACCCAAAUCGUUUACAUUUGCAGAUUUGGCAUCACUUUAGAAGGAUCGGUGGACUCCUCCUUCAGUGGGGUGGGUGAAGCUGAACACCGACGGAAGCUUCACUAGGGGUUCGUCCCUCAUGGGCUGUGGAGGUCUUUGUUAGAAAUAAUGAUAUGAACUAUUCAUGUAGCCCUGACAUAACAGCUUUAGCUUUUGAGAUAAUUGGUUGUUUGACAGUCUUCUCCAGGAUCGUCAUGGGAAUUGGCGGGCUGGUUUCUCAAGUUUUGAAGGAGUGGGAGAAGUGUUUUUGGUUGAGUUGCUUGGAGUUGUUUGAGGCUUAUCCUUGUCUCGGAGGACUGGUGGGCGUAAGCUUGUUUGUGUGAGAUAGAUAGCCUUGAUGUAGUUAACUGCCUGAAUGGUUGAGGUCCGGUUAACCUUCAUUCAUGUGCUGCGUUUAUAGCAGAAGUUUGUUAUUUGGUUCACCCUAAACUUUGUAUAUUUUGUAAAUAGACACGUUGAAUUUUCAUUUUAUCUCAAUAAAUACUUAAACUU